AUGGACUUCGAUGAUAUCAACCUCACCGCUGUCGACAAUUUGAGACUGGAUUGGAUCAAACUGGCUUCCAAAUCAGGGGCCGGAAUCUGCGAACUCGCGAAUCGCUAUCGACAACGGGAUGAUUGUAUGCUACAUUCCAUGCAUUGCGGGUCUUUCAACUUCAGCUUCCGACUUAACUGGGACGAUCAGGAUGAGGACUGGUUGAUUCGAUUUCCCCUCCCUGGGAAAUCCAUGUUUCUGGACGAGAAGGUUCGUAGGGAGGCGUUCGUUAUGAAUUACAUUGCGAAAGAGACCAAGAUUCCUGUGCCGCGGGUCAUCGCUCAUGGCACUAGCGACGAGAAUUCAACUGGCCUGGGUCCUUUUAUCAUAAUGACCUGGAUUGAGGGCAGGAAAAUGUCGGACAUACUAAGACAAGACGAUCUCUCCGACAAGCAUGACGUUCUGGAUCCCGCUAUCGACCCAGAGACGCUCAAGACUCUGUAUGGAGAAAUGGCAGAAGUACUGCUGCAGCGCUGGGGACUCGACUUCAGUAAGAUUGGCAGCAUAAAUGAAGACCAUCUGGGGAAGACGAUUGUUGAUGGGCGACCCCUGACUCGGGAGCUGAACGAGUUGAUAAGAAUUAGUGGAUUGAAGGACUGCACACCACAAAGAACCUUCCAUACAUCUAUCGACUACAUCGCAUCACUCUUAGAACUGCAGUCAACUCAUCUCGAACAACAGCGAAACAAAUUGAUGAAGGCCAUCGCUCUGAACUUCAUCCCCAAGGACGACUGCGGCCCCUUCAAGCUGUUUUGCGAUGAUCUCUGCCCCGGGAAUGUUCUUGUAGACGACUCACUGCGGAUUGUGGGCGUCUUGGACUGGGAAUUUACCUACGCGGCGCCUUCUCAAUUCGCGGCCAGCAUUCCGUGGUGGUUGCUCUUACGCCGGCCACAUUCGCUAGUCAACCAAGACGGGCCCGAUGUCUUCUUGCAAUCCUUUCUCCUGAAAGCAAACAUAUUCUUGGAAGCACUGGAAGAGCGAGAACGGACUCGGGCAUUGACCAAAUCAGACGACCGCCUGUCAGUUCGAAUGCGCCGGUCCCUCGAAGACAGAUCUGCGUGGUUCACGUUGGCAUUGCACAUGGGAGCUUCCGUAGAUCUCAUAUAUUGGGAUCUACUCGAUGAAUAUUGCUGGGGCCCGAGAUCAAGCAUCGCACACAGGGUCCAUGCGGUCACCACAUUGCCGGAGAUGCACAAGCGACGGGAGGAUUUCGUGCGCGAGAAAAUCCGGCAACUUCGGGCAUACUACAAGGAGCUUGGGAGGGAUGAUGAGGUGGAAUAUGAGCCAGAGCUACCUCUCGCGCAGGUCGUUGAGGGUGGCCCUGCGCCACAGUCUCAGCAAGCGAGUGGUAUCGCAAAUGGAGGGCUUCUGGAGGGAGUUCUUGCCGGAUUGGCUGUUGGGUUGGGCUUCACGAUCUUUGUCAAGUGGUAUCGGUCAUAG